AUGGCGUGGGAUCAUUUGGAUAUCGAUAAGCCCCACCUGGCCUACAUGAUCCUGGGGGGCUUCACGGGGUUGUUUAUGCUUUGCUCUCUCUUUGUCAAAGAGAAGCUUUACAUUGGCGAGGCUACGGUGGCUACCAUAUGUGGUAUCAUUUUUGGCCCUCAUGCUGCAAACCUCUUCAACCCCAACUCGUGGGGAAACGUUGAUAAAAUUACUUUGGAGUGCUCACGCAUUGUUCUAGUCGUGCAAUGUUUUGCCGUGGGCGUCGAAUUGCCAAAGGCUUAUAUGGAACGCCAUUGGAAGUCGGUCACGCUCUUGCUCCUCCCUGUUAUGACAUGGGGCUGGCUAAUUACCAGUCUCUUUAUUUGGUGGUUGAUUGAGCCACUCAGCUGGCUGGAGGCUCUCGUUUGCUCUGCAUGUGUCACUGCCACUGACCCUGUCCUGGCGUCUUCCGUCGUCGGUAAGGGUAAAUUCGCCAAACGUGUGCCGAGGCAUUUGCGUGACCUUCUAUCUGCCGAAUCGGGCUGCAAUGAUGGCAUGGCCUUCCCGUUUAUCUACCUAUCCUACUAUAUUCUACACUACCGCCCGGAUGCUAACGCUGUCGCGCUUCAUUGGGUUUGCAUCACCAUUCUGUACGAGUGUAUAUUCGGUGCUAUAUUCGGUUUCACAAUUGGAUAUGCCGCUCGUCAAUCGAUCAGGUUCGCCGAGCGUAAGCAGCUAAUCGAUCGCGAGAGUUUCCUCGUGUUCUAUUUCGUGCUGGCCCUCUUCUGCGCUGGCUCCGGUAGUCUACUCGGCCUCGACGACCUACUGAUCGGGUUCGCCGCCGGCGUCGGUUUCAGUAACGACGGCUGGUUUACGGAGAAAACUGAAGAAUCACAUGUCUCCAACGUCAUUGACUUACUGCUCAACUUGGCUUACUUCGUGUACCUUGGGGCUAUUGUUCCCUGGGAAGACUUCAACAACGCUGCCAUUGGCCUAAAUGUCUGGAGACUUGUGGUCAUAGCUAUCCUAGUCAUAUUUUUCCGCCGCAUUCCUAUCAUGCUGAUUCUGAAACCCAUCAUUCCCGAUGUGAAAACAUGGCGUGAGGCGCUUUUCGCAGGUCAUUUUGGACCUAUAGGUGUCGGUGCGAUUUUCGCCUGUAUCUUGGCCAGAGCUGAACUGGAGACCGGCACUACGCAACCAGAAACAGAGGCCGAGAUUUCUAACCCAGCAACUCACAACUACAAUAUUGUGCAAAUAAUCUGGCCGCUGACUACGUUUAUGGUCAUUUCCUCCAUCUUGGUUCAUGGCUCAUCCAUCGCUGUCUUCACCUUAGGGAAACGCAUCAACACCCUUUCAAUCACCCUGUCGUACACACAGGCUAACGAAGAAGGUCCAUCUUGGAUGAACCGUCUACCCCGUGUUCAAUCUUUGGCUAAGGGUUCAAUGUCCUUCCGCAAAGCUGAUGACUCUGAGAACUCAUCUAACGAGCCCGAGUACCCUCCUGGAACUCUGCCGCCAAUCGGUCUUCCUGGUAAUUUCCUACGUCGCCAACAGGAUGAUGAUUCUAGCUCCGCCGUUGGCAAGGUGCCCAGCCGCAGAGCCCGUAGACGCCGCAGAAAGGCCGAGGGCGCGGGUGGCCCGAUCAGUCAAUCUGCUAUUGCACCUAUGCGACCCUCAGAGGUCGAGUCCGAAGAUGCAGAAAAAGCACUCGGUGACUCCGAAUCUACCCCUUCACCUGAGUUACAUGAACUGCGAGAGGCGACAGUCAACGUUUUCGUGGAAGGUUCCGACCUUAUCUUCGAAGACAAGGAUGGCAAUGUUCUCAAGACAGAGCAUGUCGGCCACAUGUCGACUGAGGAACAGCAACGUCACCUAGAAGGAGAACGGUCCAAGUUGAAGCUUGAGUUCCAGCGGUCACCUGAUGUAACCAAGCCGGAGAGCCCGGAAGAGCAACCUACCGCAGGGGAACGGCUUGAACAGACCGUUGGCGAAAAGACUGACCAUCCCAUUGAGAAGGGUCGUCGGAAGUGGGGACGGUGGUUUGGCCUCGGCAAGGGGCGAGCUGCUGAGGGUGAAAAGACGAGCGAGGAGAAGGCUGCCGAGAAGCAGUCUACUUCUGCCCCUCCCCCGGGUAAGGGCCGCUCUGCUCACGCAUAUCAGUUCGGUAACACCAUCAUUGUCGAAGAUGAGGAUGGUGAGGUGAUCAAGAAAUACUCUAUCCCGUCAGGCAGCAAGCCAGAGCCAAAGGGAACCGCGCCUGUCCGACGAGGAUUGACCCGCAUGGGAACCUGGUUCGGAAUGGAAGAAGAAGGCGAAACGGCUCAGGCUGGAAAUGCUGGAAAGAAAACACCAGCAAAUGAGUGGAUGGCUGACGAUGGUCUUCGAUUCACCCUUGCAAACGACGAUGAGGUCGGCAAGCGUGGCGUUGAGCACAAGGGACAACGCAUGACGAAGCAACAAUUUGCUGAACAGAUCCGAGGCCUUGGCCCGAAGGCGCGUCAGAGCGUAGUCGAGGAUUCAGACGUUCCUGAGCACGUGAAGGACUUUGCACGCGGUGAGGCCCAGGAGGCAGAGAGACUGGAACGCCGCGCGUCCGCUCCUGGUGCUUCAGGUGCCGCACGUACACAACCUCAUGAUGAUAUCGAGUCCGUGAGCAGUAUUAGUGACGGGGAGUCUGAUUCCGAAGAAUCGCCAGGCGGUGGCAACGUUGCCGCCACGCUUGCCCGCAUCGCUGCAGGCACCGCUGCUGAGGAGCGACGUAGGGAUCUGAGCCCUGAAGCCACAUCCCGCCAAGCGGCUCCUCGCGAGCGACGAGACUCCGAAGACGACGGCACUGCAAGAGUUCCACCGUCCCAGCUCCGCCAGGCCGCUGGAGUUGCACGCCCACCGCAAGAAACCGACUUGGAUGACACUGGGGAGACCCCAGCGGAACGCCGACGUCGUCUAGCCGCUUUGGGUGUGUCUAACUCAGACUCGGAAGACUCGGACGACGGUGCUGUUGAAGACAGCGAGGACGACGGCGAAAUGCGUCAUGUCCCCGGCAAGGUCUCGUUUGCUGAUGGGACAAAGCUCUCUGGAGGCAACACAUACGACCGCGAAGGUAACGGGUCGGGCCCGUCACAGUCUCGCUCCAGCCGUAACAGCAGUUCGAUUUCGUGGGGUGGCGAGAAAGGUCGUGACAGUUAG